AUGGCUCCUCGGGGCAGAGGCGGGCGCGGGGCGGGGCAGCGGGCGGGCCGGCAGCGGGGCCCGCUGGGCAUCGCGCUGCUCCUGCCCGUGCUGGCGGCGGCGGCCGGGCUGAGCCUGCAGCCGGGCAGGAUGCGGCACCUGGGCGUCUGCCCCAACCAGCUGAACCCCAACCUGUGGGUGGAUGCCCAGAGCACUUGCGAGCGGGAGUGCCAGGCCGACCAGGACUGUGAAGACUUUGAGAAAUGCUGCACCAACGUGUGUGGGCUGCGGAGCUGCGUGGCCGCGCGCUUUGCCGACGGCAGCGUUCCGGCGCUGGCGCCCGCAGCCUCCUGCGAGAGCUUCGUGUGCGCGCAGCAGGGCUCCGACUGCGACAUCUGGGACGGGCAGCCCGUCUGCAAGUGCAAGGACCGCUGCGAGAAGGAGCCCAACUUCACUUGCGCCUCCGACGGCCUCACCUACUACAACAAGUGCUACAUGGACGCCGAGGCGUGUCUGCGCGGCACCCGCCUCACCACCGUGCCCUGCAAGCACAUCUUCACCUGGCCCGACACCAGCCCCGUGCCGCAGGAGACCACGGCGCGCCCCACGCCGGGCGCCGGCCCCGAGCUGCCGGUGCCCCCCGCCCUCUACAGCAACCCCUUCCACCAGUCCGUGCGCGCCGGCGGCACCGUCAGCUUCCGCUGCGACGUGAGCGGCCGCCCGCAGCCCGACAUCACCUGGGAGAAGCAGAGCGAGCGGGAGGAGAACUUCAUCAUGCGGCCGGACCAGAUGUACGGCAACGUGGUGGUCACCAACAUCGGCCAGCUGGUCAUCUACAACGCCCGCCACGAGGACGCCGGCAUCUACACCUGCACGGCCCGGAACGCCGCCGGGCUGCUCCGCGCCGACUUCCCGCUGUCGGUGCUCAGGCGGGAGCCGGGGGGGACCCCGCGGACCGGCAGCCCCCAGCCCUUCCCCAGCGCCGAGUGCCUGAAGGAGCCGGACCGGCGGCGGUGCGAGGCCACGGAGGUGCGCUGGCAUUUUGAUGCCAAGCAGGGCUCCUGCCUGACCUUCCGCUACGGCGGCUGCGGGGCCAACAGGAACCACUUCGAGACGUACGAGGAGUGCCGAGCCGCCUGCCUGGGCAGCGCCCGCCCCACCUGCCUCCUGCCCAUGGUGCAGGGGCCCUGCCAGAACUGGGAGCCGCGCUGGGCGUACAACCACCUGCUGAAGCAGUGCCACUCCUUCGUCUACGGCGGCUGCGAGGGCAACACCAACAACUUUGAGAGCAAGGAGACCUGCGAGGACGUGUGCCCCUUCCCCAAGAGCCUGCAGUGCAAGGCCUGUCGCCUGAAGAGCAAGAUGGUGCUGAGCCUCUGCCGCAGCGACUUCGCCAUCGUGGGGCGGCUCAUGGAGAUCGUGGAGGACCAGGACUCCGGCAUAGCCCGCUUCGCCCUCGAGGACGUCCUCAAGGAUGAGAAGAUGGGCCUCAAGUUCUUCAACAUCAAGUACCUGGAGGUGACCCUGACCGACAUGGACUGGAGCUGCCCCUGCCCCAACAUGACGGCGGAGGACGGGCCCCUGAUCAUCAUGGGCGAGGUGCACGACGGAAUGGCCACGCUGGACCCCAGCAGCUACGUCCGGGCGGCCAACGACAAACGGGUGAAGAAGAUCUAUGAGCUGAUGGAGAAGAAAACCUGCGACCUCCUGAACCGCUUCCAGGACUAGGGGAGAGUCAGGAUGUGCUGACGGGGGGAGCUGCAGACACAGCGUGAGGGGGCAGCCUGAGGGAGCCCCUGCACCAGUGCCUGUGUCUAGAGGUUACCACUGUCAGGUAGUUCUCCCCAACCCCGUGCUGAGCCCCAGACCAGCUCCCACCUCCACUGUAAUUUAUCUGCUGCAUGUUCCCCCCACCGUGUGACCCCUACCCCAGCCUGUCCAGAAGCAAUAGAGAACUGGGCUGGGUUGCAGAGGGGUGGGAGAUCUGCUGGGAACACCCCACCCAUAAAAUCUUCCCACUUCACCAAAGCCUCUGGGCCCAGUGUAACAACCCUGUGUGCUGGACCUGACCCUUUCAUUGGUGCUGGAGUUGGGACUGGGGACACCCCCACCCCCAGUGUUUGUGCUGAAAACAUCAGGGAGCUGCUGGGGUGUGGGGGGCAAAGCCACAGAGUUUAUUGGGGGAGCAACAGCACAAUCCUGAGGAAAGGGGAGAGGGAGACACCAUCAGCACAGCAUCCUCCGAGGAAAUGGAGCAAGGAGUCUCCCCCAUGCCCAGGGGUGUUGUCCCCCCCCACACCUGUGCCCCCCGUGGCAGCUGUGCUGGGUCUUGUGGCCCAGGCUGGGGCACCCCACUGCAAGGGAGCCCCAAAGGCACCAGGGGAGAUGGACCCUGCCCAGCCAAGUCAGCCCCAGCUGGGUGAGUGGGGCUCUGUCCCAUCACUGCUGCCCCCAGCCCCAGUGGCAGCCACGGCGGGACAGUGACACCGUGCAGGAGGCAGCAGUGGGGACAGCGGUGCCGGGAGGCGCUGCAAGUGCCGCCAGGGCAGGUUACAGCUUGCGGAAGAUCAGGCUCUUGUUGUUGGCCGGCAUGUCCACCUGGAAGGAAGCACAGAGCCGGGCUCAGAGGCGCCCAGCAGCCCGGGCAGCCCCGGGGCCCAGCACGUACCAUCCUCUCCAGGCUCAGCCCGUUGGCCUCGGCCAGCUCCCGCAGCAGCGCCGUGUCCCGCAGCCCCCAGGCGGGAUUGCUGCGGGGAGGAGCCGCACAGGGUCACACAGGGGACACCCAGAGCAGCCCCGGGGGCACCCCCGGCUGGGGCUGCCCUCAGGCCUGCCUUAUCUUGAAGGACCACGCUGGGAGAGAGCUUCCUGCAGCGGCAGGGGCGGCACACAGAGCACACGAUGGGGCCCCAGGAGCCCCCCAGCCCCCUCCUACCUCUGCCUCAGGCUGCGGUCAAAGUCCACGUUGCUCUGGGGGCUGAUGUGGCCGUCCACGGCGUAGGGCUGGUGGGACACAGCUGGAGCUGCAGGCAGGAGCCACCCUGUGCACCCCAGCCCCCCUGCCACGGGCCGCUGCCCCCACCAAGCACAGAAGCCCCCAAGGAGUCCUGUCACCCUCUGCAGGCACCCCCAGACCCUGCUUUGGAUAAGGUGAGGGAGGACAGGAUCUGCCUCCUCCAAAACUGCCCCUUUCAGGGUUCAGCAGGUGCCCCAAAAGGCAGAGACCCCCCCCAAAAGCCAAGCCCCUGCAUUUCCCAGCUCCCUCCCUAAGCCAUGAGCAGAGCUGCCCUCCCAGCUGCCCCCCAGUAUCUGCUCUGGCACCCUGCAGCCCCCAGGACUCUGCUGCACCAGGACAGGUGACCCACCCCAUAGGUGAAGAGCACACCUCCGGGCUUCAGCAGCACCCCGGCGCCCCUGAACAGGCCCUGGGGAACGAGAGAGGUGGGGACAGGUCAGGGGGCCGGGGACAGCCCCGGGAGCCCCCCCUGGGCCGGGGCCAGGGGCUCAGGAGGGCGCUCACCUCGGUGCAGCGCAGCUCUGCGAUGUGCAUCAUGUUGAUGCUGACCAGGAGGUCCAGGCUGGCGGGCUGGGUGCCCCCCCAGGUCUCCCAGCCCUGGGACACGUCCAGCAGGAUGGGGGGCAGCAGGUUGGGCACCCCCGCGGCCUCCACGUAGGCAGCGAUGCUGUGGGCACCGAAGGCCAGCUCAAGGCCAGCCGGGUGGCCCUGCAGCCCCAGCAGCCGCUGCAGGCAGGGACAGAGCCCUGCACGGACCUCAGGAGUGCAAAAACGCCCACAUGGGGAUGUGGGUGCAGCACAGCCUGGCGGCUCCUUGCUCGGCCCUUUGCUUCCAGCUGCCACACGGAGAACUGGAAGCACCUGGACAUCCAGCAGCAUGUGGAUGCAGAGGCCCCAGGGCCCAACCUCGCCAAGUUUGGAGCACUCUCCCCUUGUGGGGAGCCCCUUUGGCACCACUGCACCAGCACCUCCUGAUUUUGGUGCUAUUUACACCCUUUUUGGCACAUUCACCACCUAGGUCUCAGGUCCUGCAGCCUCCCAGCCUGGAGAUUAUUUUUACCCAGGGUGGUGGGUGCUGCUGGGUGGGCAGCACAAAACUCCUCCUUGACAG